AUGGAGGAACCUCCGGCUAAUGGCCGUGACAUGUAUGACAUUAUACUGGAGAACUUCGACGUCGAGUUUGAACCCGAAGAGGGGCCUACUACCAAUGACAACGCUGCCAUUGAGGAGGGUAACUGGUACUCCUCGCGGGAUCAUUGCCUCUAUGCUUUGCUUGAUGCUGCGGUGACUCAUAAAUACGGUUUCUACAUGAAGUCUACCAGGAAGGCAUCGGCGCUAGCAUUGUGCAAGAGUCAGAAGCUUGGGUUGGACCCCCCUUGUCCAUGGCGGUGCAGCUACGCGCGUCUCCAGCGGAACGGACCGUGGCGAAUCGUGGAGCUGUCCGAUCCCGCAGAGCACACAUGCGACCGCCGCAUGCGGGCCCGGUGGUGGCCGGAGCGCAUUCGGCGGAUCGACAGAGGAGCAACCGUGGAGCUUCUGACGUACAACCACGAAUUUCUCCGCUUCUUCAUGGCGCCGAGUGCAACACGCGAAGCGCUGAAGACCUGCAGGCCUGUCAUCGCAAUGGACGGGACGUUCCUGAUCCGUGCUCAAAAGGCUACCCUGCUGUACGCCAACGCGAUGGACGACAAUCAGCAGAUCAUCCCCAUCGCGUGGGCCCUCGUAGAGAGCGAAACCAAGGACACAUGGACGUGGUUUUGCCGUCUCUUUGACAAGCACUGCUCCGUCUGGAAGGGACGGGACGACGCGGCCAUCAUCAGUGACCGGGACAAAGGUCUCAUCCCGGCGGUGAAGGAAGUGUUCCCUGAGACUCCGCACUACUUUUGUGGGUGGCACAUGCAGCAGAACGUGAAGCGGUUCGGGAAGACCUCCUCGGACAUGUUGUGGCGGCUUUUGACAGCCCAGACAUUGGAGAAGUACAACGAGCUCAAGGUCGGUGCACGGGAAUCCCAUCCCCUGCUCACGACUUACCUCUACGGUCCGGCGCCUGUUGCCGACGCGGUCGGUCCAAACCCCACUCCACCAGCUGGUUUCCGUAUUCGCCGCCGCAACGUGCAGCAAACACGCCGGACGCGUGCGACCGCCAACAACAUUGCGGCCGAAGCGGCUGAAGCACGGCGUCGUGCUCGCCAGGCACUGUCGCAGCGAAGCGGCCGCCGACAGAGACAGAGCGGCGCAGGACGACCACCUCCGAAUGCCGCGGUGGCGGGGCCGUCUGGAGCGCCUCGGCCGUCCACAGCACCGUCGCCUGCUGCUGCGACCCGCCCCGCCGCUGCACAUGCAUCAUCCGCCACGCCAGGCCCGUCUGCAACGCCAGGGCCGUCCGCAGCGCCCCGCCCUUCCACAGCACCGUCGCCCGCUGCUGCGACCCGCCCAGCAGCGGCACAUGCAUCAUCCGCCACGCCAGGCCCAGCUGCAACGCCAGGGCCGUCCGCAGCGCCCCGCCCUUCCACAGCACCGUCGCCCGCUGCAGCGACCCGCCCAGCCGCAGCACAUGCAUCAUCCGCCACGCCAGGCCCAUCUGCCGCGCCCGGGCCCCCAGCUGCGCCCCUUCCGUCCACGGCACCGUCGCCCGCUUCAGCGACACGCACAUCCGAGGCACAUGCAUCAUCCGAGUCGGCAAGCCCAUCGGCAGCACCAGGGCCGUCCGCAGCGCCACCCCCAUACGCAGCACCGUCCCGCGCUUCUGCGACCCACCCUUCAGCUGCACCAGCAUCUUCCGCAUCGCCAUGUGGACCCGCAGACCCGAUGCCCACCGCAACCCCUUGCCCGGACACUACUGAAGGACCAUCCACAACGACGUCACCAACCACUCCGUACGACCCAUCUGAUGCAACAGCCCAUCUUGCCGGAACAACCACACCUUCUUCUUCCCAGCCGGCGCCACCUACACUGCGACGUUCUACACCGAUCGUGGUGCCAAGCGGAUGGCGAGGAACAGCUGCGUGCUUCAACUUUGGCAACAUUGUUCUGAGAGCUGCGGUCCCGGGAGUCACCGCACCAACUGAGGCACCAACCCGAGAGCCACCUCCGACCGCGGCACCCGCCCGCCAGCCACCACCGACCGCGGCGCCCGCCCGCCAGCCACCACCGACCGCUGCACCCGCCCGCCAGCCACCACCGACCGCGGCAGCAACACGUGACACUCCUCCUACAACUGUGGACCCGGGACCCGCGGUUGGGAACACCAACGAGGCUAUUCCCAGCGUGGUAGAGAACGAGGCGACCGUCGUGGAAGAGGGCUCCCUGGAGGACGGUGAGGAUGGCGUCCGGGUCCGAACCGGCCUUCGCGGUGACUACGCUGCACGCAGGAACAGAAUCUGGGUGUACGAGAAGCAAUGGGCUCGAUGUGCGGCCCCAACGCGGAGAUUCGGCAUCUACACGAGCAACAUGGCGGAGUUGACCAACGGGGCCGUAAAAUCGAUCCGCCGCCUUCCACCAGCGUAUCUGUUAGCUUCAAUGUGGGACUACAACGUCAAAAAGUUUCACGAGCGGCGUGAGGAGGCUAGAGCCCGGGACGACUACUUAACGGAGUGGGGGAGAAAACGAUAUGAGGCGAAGUGCGAGCGGGCAAAGAACUACGAGGUGAAAAUCUCCCACAUCGAGUUCCUUGCGGAGGUGAUAAACAACGGCAACGCGGAGGACACCACCUCCCGAAGCUACAACGUCGACCUACGUGGCGAGGGUAGCUGUGAGUGCGGCAAUUGGAAAGAGUACGCUUUUCCAUGCGCACAUGCCAUGGCGUUUUUCCCCAUGGCGAACAAAAACGGGUGGGAGUAUGUCAGCGACUACUACACCACAGUCAACCUCCGCGUAACAUACUCCCACGCCAUUCCCGGUACCUGCAUCGACACCCUGAUGGCACAGACAACACCUGUGCCUCAGGGCGUGUGUGACGCACCUACAUUCACUCGUAGGGGUCCUGGCCGUCCCCCGUCCAACAGGCGCAGGGAUGCUCCGCCGGCGAACUAUCGCUGCCGCACCUGCUUGGGGCGUAACCACAACUCAGCGACAUGCACCCAGAAGUAUGGAUCCGACAGGGCUGCGGGAGGUGUGUACCACACGGUAGGUUGA